AGUCCGCGCUCGGGGAAAGCCCGCGUAAACAAGUGUGAUAAGUGCUUGACAGGUGGUUGUCACGGCGAAACUACUCCCUCAACUUUCUUUAAGGUGCUUGAGUGUCGUUGCGGGAUUAAGCGCGGCUCGUCGCCGCGCGAUUGGCACACUCGCGUGCGCCGCGACAGCCCGCGGCGAUGUCGCCGGCUGGUCAACCAAGGCCUGCUGCCUGUCCCACAUCUUCGACGGCGAUCACCGUGACUCGUGUUGAUCCCAUUAACGGGCCGUCGUGUCGUCGACGUGUCGUGAUCUUGACAAAGGUCGUUGGCGACGAUUAACGGGGAAACCUGCAUGACGUGUGUGCCCUGAACGGAUAUGAUUCACGCGCAGUGACGGAGGACAGACGAUGCAACGUGCGUGGGAGGAAGUUAAUCCACUCGGUCUCUCUUUGUCUUUUUGGAGGAGUCUAACGUUGGAAUGCUGCUGAUAUUGCGCAGAUAGAAGGUCACCAGGUGGACCGUCUUGUCUGAUCUACGAAACUUCACCAAGCAACAACAACGAAAACUUUUCGUUUUUUGUAGUGACUAUUUCGCUUCUCAUGUUCUACGUCGUGGAACUGCUGUAAAUUAUGAAGGUGAAGUUGGCCGAGUUGCUCGGGAGCCAACGUGAAAUCGAGCGUGAAAGCGUAUUGUGCCAAUCAUUGCGCGAUCGAUCGUUCAUUCUUGGCCGCGGCACGUGUCAAUCAUGCGUGCGGCACCACCUGGUCGGACAAGAAUUAAAUACGUUUCUGUCUUCUCCCUCGCAAGUGUACUGAACGUCUAGAGUUUCAGUGUCACAUGAGAAGAACAGGAGGGAAAAAUUCACGCGUCAACGUCGCACAUUCUCCUCACCUUAGUGCGCUUGAUUCGUAGCGGUUUCGCUGUGGAACGUCUCUGUUAUCAUUUAUUUAUCGCCACGUGACGUUCUGUCAGACAGAAGUCAUAAUGUCUUAUGUAGAACAGUGUGGCGUUAGCUGGAAAUAGACGGGCGUAUCUAUAUCCUUCGUAAUCAGGUGUAAAGCAUAUCCUGUGAUAUUGGCAGGGGUGGAACGUGACCGAGUGAUAAAGGGUGACGCUUAUACUGGUCCACAAUAGAUUGAAAAUACAUACGGAAAUGUGUUCGUGUCGCGAAAGGUCUUUGCGCUGAAUAAUUUAAAAGCGGGUGAUCGAUUCUCAGGUAAGCUGCAGAGACGCGACUAUUCUAGUCGACCUCAUUUACGAUUCGAUCGAAUAGCACAAUUAUACUGCAUAAUUUCGAUGCCCGUUUCCAUGUUAUGUAUCUUAUGAACGAUUAUCUUUUUAAUUCGUGGCUUCCCGCAGAACGGAGCUUAUAACCCGGAUUUCCUGUUUUGCGUUACAAUGCACGAACCGUGAAAUCUUUUAGUCUAAAUCUCAUUUUUUGUCCAAUGACGAUCGCGCGAUGACGUUCUUUUGCUGAAAUCUCUCUGUAUGGACAAUCGACGGAUCGCAGUACACGGAAAUUAACGAAGUGUGAACUUCAAACUCGCGAUUUGUCAAAGAAACCCCUGGUUAUUUCGUGGAAAUAUAUUUCUCAGUUUUUAACGCGAGAUGUGUAUACAGGUUGAUUAAAAAAUAUUAGUACAAACUUUGGGGGUGAGUUCUUCACAUCUAAACAAGAAAAAUGUAAUAUACGCAUAUGAAAUGCCUGAUUUAUAAGUUAUAAUCGAAAGAUCGCAUUCAACGCUGGCAAUAAGAGCAACCAUAUGGUUUAUGUAUGAUGGGGCUCCAGCAUUUUUCAGCCGCAUUGUUCGAAAUGUAUUCACUGAUAACUAUCAUGACAAAUGGAUAGGUGGGGAAGGACCACGACCUACAUGUUCGUCUGGCCUAAAUCCAUUAGAUUUUUGUUUGUGGGGACACUUAAAAGCCCUAGUUUAUGCAACUGAAAUUGCAAAUGAAGAGUUGCUUCACCAAUGCAUUCUAGAUGCCUGUGAAAACAUUCGUAACCGUCCAGUGCAGGAAUUCUGUAACUCGUUAUGCAAUCGUUUUGUGCUAAUAACGACAAGUAUAACAUAUGAAAAGCUGCACACCUGUCGUUAUUAGCACAUAACGACUGCAUAACGAGUAACAGAAUCUCGACACUGAGCUCUUUGAAAGGGUCUAACAGUCCAUAAUACGACGUGUCCAUGCAUUCAAGUAGGUGGAUGACAUUUUUGUGAAUUGUUAGCAGAUAAACAACUGAACUGAAGAUUUAUUUGGUCAUGUAUCAUUGCAAAUGUAUCAUUGUAUCAUUGUAAAUGUAUUCUGUCAGUUUGAAAUAAAAUAUAACAUCUGUAUUUUUGUCAUAGAAUGUAAUGAAUAAUUAUAAUUCAUAAAUCAGCUAUUUUGGGACAUAUGUGUGACAUCUUUUUGUUGUUUAAGUGUGUGGAACUUAUCUCCAAAGUUUGUACAAAUAUUUCUGAAUCAUCCUAUAUACAUCAUAUUUCGUAAAAGAGGAUACGGAUAGGUUCUCUUUAGGGAUUCUCUUUAAGGAUCGCUGAAAACCCUUCGCUUCAUUUUCCGGAAAACCGUGCCUGUUAUUUUAUAGAUCCAAUUUUGCUCUACGACGCGGAGAAACGAGUCAGUUACUGCGGAGAUCGUGUAUUUUCCUGUGCUGAUCGAUACAAAAAAGUUGAUGUUGAUACGCGCGCUACAUUCGUGUUGCGUGCGCCGAUCCCGUAAAUGAUAGGCGAGAAAGAGAAAGAGAGGUGCGCGUGGGCCGCACGUUUGUGGAAAGCCGCAUAAAACGGAGGCGCCACACCGUCUGUGCUUGGCGUUCGAUAAAACUACGUUACGUUACGUGCGAACACCGUAAGCCCUAUUAUUUCUUUCCCUACAACCCUCGCCCUCUCGCUCGCACCUUCUCCGCGUUUCUUCUCUCAUUCCCUCUUCUCUCUGCCACGUCCAUUCCAGUCGUCCGACUGUCACAAAUUGCGAAGGUCAUUAGCGAAACUGUGUCACAAUGACCGUCGCGGCUCCAUUUCGUAUAACGAAGCGCAGGAAGAGCGCAUCGCGUGAUUCCCACCGGGAUCUGUCAUUACAGAGAGAAAUUUCUCUUACAUCAUCAACAAAAAUCAGAUAAGUCCUUACGAAAGAGGAUCACGGAGAGCAGUGCCGACGACAGAGAAAAGUUAGACAGAGAAUUACAUUUACGACGGAGGAUUGUACAUCUUGUCGGGGAUAGGAAGUUUUACGAGAUUCUCGGAGGAAAAAUGUAGACUCCGAUAUUAGAGAAGAUAUAUAUCUCAUAAAAGUUUACGACAGGCACAGCCAGUUCUAACGUGUUUCCUCUUCGAGGUAGGCUGCCGGAAAUUAUUUUCAGGAUUGUGAUCCAUGGGAUCGUAAGUACAAGUACAAUAAUGUCGUUCGUGUGUAUCGCUGCACCCUGCCUCUCGUGUCACACAAACGGAAAUACAGAAGGGCGGAAUAGAAAAUGGAAGAAAAUGGAAGAAAGUUGCAGCGCGCUGCGGUAUCGACGAUUAUUUGAAUCGAGCGAAGUCGCGAACACAAGCGACAAAUAAUAUCGCUCGUGUGUUCUGCCCUCUCGUGUCGCGCACGGAGCCAGAGAUACGGAGGGUAGAAUAGAAAAUAGAAGAAAAAGAAGGAAGUUGCAGUGCUAUCGCCGAUUAUUUUAAUCGAGCACAUGAAACAGACGGUUGCCGACCUAGUUUCGCCGUUACACCUAGGUCUCUUAGGAACUUUGCAUAGGCCGUCAUCCGCGACGCGUAUACAUAUAAUCCCACAUUCAUAUCGGGCAAACGCAACUGGGGAAUUAUUCCACUUCGUCCUUCAGCGUACUUCGCUUUAGCCUACUUUAGUCCCGGCUGCGAUUUACCCGCUACUGACGCGACACACUUCGCCACUUUCGACGCGAAGCGUCGAAAACGAAGAGGACGACCAACGCUUUCCGUAUGAUGCCGAACUUCUGUGUUGGCUCGUCCUCAGCUGCUUGAUCUUGAACUCUGACGCGAAAUCGAUUUCAAAAUAAAACGUUUCGAGAGACGUCGUCGAACAAACAGCGGCGUCAAGCCGAUUAAGAAAAUUCGAUUCUGAACCUCGCAUGUGAGCAAUUCGGACGAGAUUGAAGCGUUCUAUUCUUUGUUAAACCAUGAAAAGCUGUAUCCCCGAUUUUUUCGCAUUUGUUUCGCGUUUAAGGGAAGGUUCUAGUUUAGAUAGAAAAAUAGGAGGUUCUACGAAUUUUUUUCAAAGAAAUUUAUGAAGAUAACAUAGGAUUUUAACUGCACUAUUUAUCAUUGUUUUAAGUAUAAGAGAAUUAUAUUUUUCUUUAAAAGAAACAAUUGAAAUUUCAUUGUUCAGAUUUUUUGUACUGGAUACGAUGUUGCCGGACGUUUCUAAUUGGUAGAGACCAUUGCAGCUUGUAAUAAUUUGAAAUAAAUGGAACAAAUGGAACAAGAAAAUUUAAAAACUGUAUUAAAUUUUGGAGGAUAGACUUUUGUUAUAUUCAAAAAGUCGAAAUUCAACAAAAUGCCAGUACUUUGAAGUUACAAGUUUUUCUUCUAUCUUACUUUUUUAUUUAAUGUAAAAAAAGUACUAAUUUAAAAAAUUUUUCAAAGAAUUUAGGUUUAUUCUCUCCAGCAAAGAGAGUAGUUAAGCUCUCAUAAACUUUUAGCCCCUUCUUGUGGCAUUCGAAGUCUUAAAUUAUUUUUUGAUAAAGAUGUAACUAUUGAUGGAUAGAUUAAAGAUAUAUAAAUAUCAAAAUGAUGCGCCUUAUCAUUUGGGAGAAAAUGGCCCAAAAAGAUACAUAUUUUAUCAAAAGAAAUGGUAUCAUUAGGACCCUUAUCUAAUAAAUAUUAUAUAAUCCAUAUUUUAUUCAUAAAGACUUCCAUGCCCAUUUCUUGCAACACUUUCUAUGAGGGUUUCCCGUAAGGGUUUCUAAUCAUACCAUUUAUUUCGACAGGAUACGUAUCUUUUUAUAUUCUCUCGUAAAUUUUGAUGCUUAUAUAUCUUUAAUCUACCCAUGAAUAGCUACAAUGUUAUUAAAAAUUAAUUUAAGAUUUUGCAUGCCACAAAAUAAGGCUAAACUGGGCCGCACUUUUGAGUAGUUUUUUUUUUAAUUUUCUUGUCACAUUUGUUUCAGGUUAUUAUACAAGUUGUGAUGAUGUUCAACCAGUUAGAAACAUCCGGCGACACUGCGCUCAGCACAAAAUAUUUUGCCAGGAUUAAUUUUUUUAAUUUAAUUAUUUUUCAAUAAUUUUAUACUGGAAACAAUGAUAAACAGUACGGUCCGAAUCCUAUAUUGCUAUCUUUAUGAAUAGUUUUAAAAGAAAAAAUCGUUAAAAAUCCAUUUCUCGGCUAUCUAAACUAGAACCUCCCCUUGAAGACGCGUCUGGAUUUUCGGGGAUCAGCAACUUUCGAGGUUACGAAUCUGUCGUAACCCGCCAUCUCUGGAGAUUACCCCGCAUCAUCCUCCCUCGAGCGUCUUCGGGGUACAGAAUGACGUCAACUGCGGUAACGCGCGCGGCGCCGUUGCAGUUUAGCGACGCGCAGCCGCGUAGCGAAGCGAUCAAUGCGCGUCUUUGCGCGACGGUCCCGUCGGCGCAUAUUGCACGCGGGCCAAGGCAGAACAUGCGCGCGGGUGGACUCGUCCUGCGGUAAAAAGGAGAGAUUCCUCGCGUGGAACUCUGACGUGGAGACCGACGAUGCAAACGUAAAUCGCCCGCGUUCGCGCGUACACUCGGGAGUCCGAUAAGUUCGCGACCUGCCAAGAGUUAACGUGAGAAUCGCCGCGAAGUGGCCACUUCGAAGGGUGGAGGAAGGUCGAAUACCCAGUACCGAGUUCAUAGCGUGACGCGGCACGUUACGUUGCUGCGAACAGUUCUCGACACGUCAGUUCCGCAAGAUGUAGAAAUCAGGAGCGAGCGGGAAUCGUCAAUCGCGCUUGGCUGUUGGUGGUUGGAACCCCGAGAGCUCCACCCUGAUCGGCGAGGCAUAGCCGUUAUCCUCUGCCUUUCCCUCCGCCCAGAAACAAUCACGGUGAGAUUCAUCGGACGAUAGAGUACAGUUUCGGUUUAUAUAACAGCUCGGAGCAAGUAUGAUGUGCACGAUUUGAAGAUUUUUUUACUCGGCGUAUCGUUACUCGGCAUGUUGGGUAACUCGAGAACGAUCUCUCGUAGCUUGGAACGCUGAUCACGCUAUUGAAGAAGAACCCUGAGCACUUAGAGCCUUACGUGCGGGACGGGGGGAGCUUUGUGAUUCAUCGACUCACAAACAACGUCGAAUUGUACUUUGGAAUCGAGUCUUUGGAGCACGAAGUUAGAAGCCAGUAGUAUAACAAUUACGCUUAUAUCUGUGUAAGAUGAACCAGCGCAGCUAGACGACCGUCUGUUAGUGAGCAAUCGAGCAGCAAACCGGCAAGAUGCCGAGACCGGUCCCGGUGGAGAAUCUGGUGAUACCGCCGCAGGAUGGCCGCAUCUGCGGCACGAUCUGCAUCUGCCAGAUGACGGCGGUGCUGUCGUCGGUCGCGCUGGUCUAUCUGACGGUCGCGAUCUACAUGCCCAGCACACGGGCCUUCAAGUCGGGCAUCAGCGAGGUACCUGUGAUGUGCACGACGAUCCGCGCGGUGAACGCGGACAAUUGCGAGUGGGGCAGCUGCGGCGAGUGGUGUCUGUCCAAGACCUCCGGACCGUGCGUGCAAAUCCACGUGAGCCUACGCAGGAACGGCUCGACGAUCCUGCUAGCGAACUGUACGAACACAACGAACAAAACGUGCUACGGCAUCGACCAGGAGAACGCGAAGAAGUCCAAGUGCAUCGCGGACGAGUGCCGCAAUCUCACCGGCACCUUCAACUGCUCCGCCGGCACCUGCAUCAACAUCACCGACGCGUUCGAGUGCAUGUUCCACGACACAGACCCACCCCUUAAGUGUUCCGGUCGCCGCGGCAAGAUCACCUGCAUCGACAUAGACGGCCUGUUCAACUGCAACCGCGGCACCUGCGAGCGCAUCAGGACGCCUUACAACUGCGACCGCAGGUGCGUCGACAUUCCGACCAGAAAUAAAAACAUGAUCCUGUUGAGCGGCGACAAAGUAUACCUCAGUCAGUGCGAACGGGCGAUAGACGUGGAGACCAAUCGAGAAAUCUGGCACGAGGAUCGCGGGGACAUUAUGAUGGCGUCCUGCUACGGGAUUUUCAAUUCCACCUUAGGUGUGGAGGCAGUCGACUGUAUCAACGGCUCAGUGCUUGAGAAGGACCUACUGACCGACCUGACGAAUUUCACAUACCUGUCCUACCUGAAUAUAUUUGCCACGAAACCGUUGGAUGCCGAAAACUUGGUCGCGCCGCCAGAGCAGAGCCUAAUCAUCGCUAACGAGAGCCGACUGUUGAUCAAUCUCGAAGGAUGCGUCAACACUUUGCGGGACGAGUGCAAGGAAUUCCUCCACGAAUACGGCAAGGACGGUUCCGAUCACAACGCGCGCGCCAGAUUUCCGUGUUUCUACGCCGAGGAUAAAACAGAUGUCGUCGUGUCGCGCUUCGAUCUACAAACUACCUACAAGGAGUUCCUGGUCGCGCUACUGUUGCCGAGUAUCUUGUUCGUCGUCAGCUGUCUGACUCUGAUCUUCUGUCAGAGGACAGUCGUCGUCGGGGACGACGCUAAAAUGAGGUUCAAGGGCACGCCCGGCACGCUGGUCUCGAUAGAGAAGAGCGCGUCGGGCAACUUAGGAGAUGCUGGCGGAGGAGACUCCGUUAUGGCGCUCUGAGAUCCGUCACGCAUUCCCCUCCUGGAGGAGAGUCCGGCUCGUCAGUCGAUAUUCUCCCUACGCGGGCAUUACUGAGGUGUGGGGAGGGGGGGAACGCGUGAUUAAAAUUCUCAUCUUGCAAUUUAACGAGGCAAAACGAACAAAAAAUACAAAGCA